CUGCACCAAAUCUGCCUAGUACCAUAACCAUUCAACCGCCACAAUCCAUAAUUUGUGUUGAGUGGACACCAGGAUUUAAUGGUGGAGCAUCACAAAGUUUUAUAGUUCAACAUUCUACUGAUGAUAAAGUAUGGGUCAAUUCGUCCACAAUACCCAAUGGUAUCAAUAAUGAUCGAGUUGACUAUUGUAUAGAAGGAUUAGAACCAGAUACUAGUUAUUAUAUCAGAGUGAUAGCUAGUAAUAAAUAUGGUGAAAGUAUGACAGCUAGUUUUCUGGGAUUUAACAAGUCCGCCGACUGCAGUAAGAAUAUUAAUUGUGGUGACACCAAUGAUAUCAAUACUAGUUAUAACAAUGGACUUGGUGCUGGUAUUGGAAUAGGUGUAGGGAUAUCUAUAGCUAUAGCAGUGAUGGUUGCUACAGCAAUAUUUAUUUAUAGAUAUUGGUCAGGUCUGAGAUUAAUAUUAUUUUCUAAGAUUCUGGUUCUGGCAACACACUUAAAAAUUGAUAUUUGCUAUGUGUGUUUAUGUUUUUCCAUAUCAAAAUACUUGCAACUAAUUAAUGUAUUAACUUGGAUUAUUGCUAGAAAAGGUUGGAAGAAGCAAACAUGUUCUCUCCUUUUAUUUAAGGCAAACGAAAGAAAGUUGAAGAAAAAUGACACACAAACAUAUCAAGAAUUAGAUACAGUCAACAAUACAGCUAGAAUACAAUCAGAUAAUAGUUCUAAUGUUGAUAGAAACGAUGCUAAUAUAGAUGAUAUUAGACCAUAUGCUAAUCUUGGUAAAAGUUAA